AUGGCUUCCGCAACCACCUUUUACGACUUCAAGGUCAAGGACAAGAAGGGCGAGGAGGUCUCGAUGGGCGACUACAAGAACAAGGUCGUGCUCGUCGUCAACACGGCCUCCAAGUGCGGCUUCACCCCGCAGUACGCCGGGCUCGAGAAGCUGUACAAGGACGUGCGCGCCCGCCAAGACGUCGGCGACGACUUUGUCAUCCUCGGCUUCCCCUGCAACCAGUUCGGCUCGCAGGAGCCCGGCUCCGACGACGACAUCCAGCAGUUCUGCCAGGUCAACUACGGCGUCAGCUUCCCCAUCAUGGGCAAGACCGAGGUCAACGGCGACGCCGCCAGCCCGCUCUACACCUGGAUGAAGGAGAAGAAGCCCGGGCUCAUGGGCCUCAAGCGCGUCAAGUGGAACUUUGAAAAGUUCCUCAUCGGCCGCGACGGCGAGGUCAAGGGCCGCUGGGCCAGCACCACCAAGCCCGAGUCGCUCGAGAAGCCCAUCCUCGACGAGCUGGCCCACGGCCAGAAGGCGUGA